CACGUCUGCAGCUCCUCACACACACACACACACGCGCGCGCGUGAGCCACCAGUGCUGGAGGACAAAAGAGAGAGAUUCGGACAGGAUGAGACACGACUGCGUUUAGACUCCAGAGAGACAUGUGUGUGCAGAUCUCCGCUCCCGACCUUGUGUUUCUCCACAGAGUCUUUCUGCGCGCUGAGCUUUAAAGCGCUAUUGUUACUCCAGUUUGUAGAGUUUAUUAACAGCCUUGAGGCGUUUUUCCAAAGUUUCUUUAUUUUUUUUGUUAAAGGGGGGUUUGGAACAAACGAGGACGCUUUUCAAAAGUUUUAAUUCCAAGUUUUGGAAUUCUCUGGCUCAGGAAGAAAAGAAGUGAGAAGAAGGAACGCGGGUGUGUUUGGGUUCAGGGCGCGUGUGGAGGUCAGUGUGUGAGUUAGUGUGUAGUUCUGGGGGCUCGGGAUGGUCACUUGGUCUGUGCUGUGGCUGGCACUCACUGCCCUGGGGGUGAGCAGUGACAAAGAAGUGCGACCAGAGGUAUGGCUACAGCAAUAUGGAUACCUUCCUCCAGGUGACGUGCGAGCUCAGGCCAUCCGCUCCCCUAAGGCCAUUGUCUCUGCCAUCUCUGACAUGCAGAAGUUCUAUGGUCUCACCAUCACAGGAUCCAUGGACCCUGAAACGAUGCAAGCAAUGCAGCGACCCCGCUGUGGGGUUCCAGAUAAAUUCGGCAGUGAGCAGAAGAGCAACCUGAGGAGGAGACGCUACGUCAUGCAGGGUCAGAAGUGGAACAAGGCGGAGGUCACCUUCAGCAUCCAGAACUACACCCCCAAAAUUGGUGAAUACGAGACUUACGAGGCCAUCCGGAAGGCCUUUAAGGUUUGGGAGUCAGUCACACCAUUGACGUUUCGGGAAAUUCCAUACUACCAGAUCAGAGACAGGCCUGAAAAGUUCGCUGACAUCAUGCUUUUCUUCGCUGAUGGCUACCAUGACGAUAGUACGCCAUUUGAUGGGGAGGGAGGCUUCCUGGCCCAUGCAUACUUCCCAGGUCCAGGGAUCGGAGGUGACACACACUUUGACGCAGCAGAACCUUGGACAACUGGCAGUGAGGACCAAGGAGGGAAUGAUGUUUUCCUGGUCGCUGUGCAUGAGUUGGGUCACGCUCUGGGUUUAGAGCACUCUGGGGAUCCUUCUGCCAUCAUGGCCCCAUUCUAUCAGUGGAUGGAGACGGAGAAUUUCGUACUUCCUGAUGAUGACAAACGUGGAAUACAGCAGAUUUAUGGUUCUCGGUCAGGAGAGGUUCCAAACCCUCCUCCUCCACGACCAACACGCAAAUCUGACCGACCCUCAGCUGCGCCUGAUAUAUGCAAAGGUCACUUCGACACCAUCGCCAUCUUACGGGGAGAGAUGUUUGUCUUUAAGGAAAAGUGGUUCUGGCGAAUGCGUGAUGGUAAACCUCUGCAGAGUUACCCCAUGCCCAUCUCACACUUCUGGAAAGGCCUGCCACCCUCUAUCAACGCUGCCUACGAGCGUGCAGAUGGGAAAUUUGUGUUCUUUAAAGGUGAUAAGUAUUGGGUGUUUAGUGAGGCCACUUUGGAUCAUGGAUAUCCUAAAACCUUUAAGGAGCUAGGCACAGGCCUUCCUAAAGACAGAAUAGAUGCCGUUCUCUACUACACACCAAAUGGAAACACAUACUUUUUCAGAGGAAGCAAAUAUUACCGCUUUAAUGAGAACACGCGCUCUGUGGACUCGGAUUACCCCAAACCCAUCAGUACGUGGACUGGCGUGCCCGAUGAUGUUAAAGGAGCAAUAAUGAAGGACGAUAGAGCCUACACCUACUUCUACAAAGCUAACAAAUACUGGAAGUUUAGCAACAAGGCGAUGAAGGUGGAGUCCGGCUACCCCAAGUCUGUCCUGACCGACUGGAUGGGCUGCGAACGUGAGUCUACACACACGGAUGGAACUGACGAGGAAAUCCUCAUCAUUGACCUGAACAACUCGGACGGUUUUGCCGGAGGGGUGGCAGUCAUUGUGAUCCCUCUCUUCCUGUUGGCCUGUGUGCUCGUGGUUCUGGGAGCGUUGAUGUUUUUCCGGCUCCAUGGUACCCCACGACGCCUUCUCUACUGCCAUCGCUCUCUACUGGACAAGGUUUAAAGAUGAAGGGAUGGAAACGGUGAAGAGACAGGGAUGUAGGGGCAAUAGCAGGGGGGAAGAGAAAGGGUGUGGGGAGGGGGAUAAAAAUGGUGAUGGAAGAACGGGAGAGGCUUUGCUCAGAUGGAGAUGAUGAGGACUUUGAGAUUGUUUACAGAAGAGCAAGGAGGAGGAGAAGAAAGAGAAGGAGGGAAGGAAUGAUGAAGUGAAGCAACAAGGGAACAAUGCAUAUUGUUUUGGUAAUUAUUUGUACAUUGCUGCCAAAUUGAAUAGACCCAUGAAGUAGAGAGAGAUAUACAGAGACAAAGAUGGAGCUCAUUAAAAAAAAAAACUUUUUAUUAAAUAUGUUAAAAGAAAUUAAAGCACUUUUUAUUGUAUCAGCCCUCCCUCUUUCUCUCUUGUAGUCUGUCUCUUCCAAAUCCAACGACUCCAGCCGCAGUGCUGUAUGAUUAAUGCCUUUGUUUCUGCUUUCAUAAAUUUCCAUCUGGUUUCAGCUUUUAAUUUAGCCACAUUUUUUUAUAUUUCUCCCAAAUCCCUUCUAUCCGUAUAUACCCUUCGGUGCCUCAAACCUCUCAGGUAACAUUCAUUACCUUCAUUUGGGAAAUCAAUCUGUAUUUCCACAAAUAUGAUUAUAUUUGGAGUGAAAAUACGAUGAACGAUGGCUUUAAACCAUGCAGUAGAUCUCAACAGUAUAGAUUGCUGUAUUUCAACAAGGGUAAAGGUAAGAGGUCAAAGUUCAGGGAGGAAAUGUGGCUCAGGCUCCUGUAAGGAAGCCGGUCUUUAUUUACACCCUGGGAGAAGAGCUGUCUUGCAGGUACAUGUCCAGAUAUACAAUUUCCUUAAAAGUGUUUGUUACCAUGUAUUGUUAUUAAUGUUAUUAGUGAUUGUGCUUGUUAUUGUUAUAACUAUGGUUAUUGUUAUUAUUGUUCUCCUUAUUUAGUCCUUUUUUAUUUUGUAGUCAUUUCAAGUCCUGCUGGACAGAGGCAGAAUGUGACUGAUAUUAAAAUGACUCCAGAUUUAUUUUAAUUGCUAAAAUGCAUCAGGUUGUUCCAAAGGGAAUUAAACGUACUUUUCUGAAAGACACAAAAUAAACUUGGGAUAUGAUAGAAGUUGAAGGGAGAAGAUUAAACAAAACAAAAAAAAACAUACUUACAAGCACCAGCCCUGUUGACAGGCCAAACUUGCUGUGUGUUUGUUUUGCAAUAAUGUCUCUGUGCCUUUAUAUGACCAGAAUUAAUCUCACUGGAUUUAUUGUAAUUUGAUGGUUCUUUGGAGAGAAACCUUUUUAAAGAGGAAUAAACCUGAUUAUGGGAAAAAUAUAUUGGUGCUAUGUAUUUUCUUGAAUGCACACAUCCACAUUGAAAGGUUUAAUUAAUAUAGUCUUAACAAUGAUAAUAAUAAUUAUAUUUAUAAUAAUAAUAAUUUACUGUAAAUGAAAGGGAAUGUGAUUUUUGCUUGUUACUUUUUUUGUAUUGCAGGAAUGAACAAUGAAAUAAAAGUAUUUUGUAAAAUGUU